AGCGUCGCCAAAGCUCAGAUUUGACAUGCUCGAGAGUCUUGUUUCAGCAUGCUCUCAGCUUCGCACUCGUUCUUGUGUUCGCCCUCCUCGUUGUCGUCUGUGAGACUGUCGCCUUUCCUGCACAAUGCUCCUCCCUCGUAUACUUCGUGGAGCUUUGCGUCGCUCAGGAGCUGCGUCUGUUCUCGUCCCUUUGAGAGUGCAGGAUUAGGAGCGGUGUUGGAUCAGGCGCACGUAAGGAGUUGUUGUUGGAGUGAUGGAGUGACGAGAGUGGAUGGUGCGUCUGGCUGUGUGAGGACGAGUAGUACUUGUGCUGGAAUUGGAGUGUUCUCGGUUGCCAAGCAGGGACGUUCCUUCUCGACGUCUGUUAAUGGCCUGGCGUCUCUAGAACCUGUGACGAAUGUGGGUGUUCGCGAGCAACAUCCGAGUCGCGACACUCCUCUGAUGGCUCAGACAUCAAAUGAUACUUCUGAAUCACCACAGCUGGCAGAGGAGCUUGAUGCUUCUGUGAUGCCCAAGCACGUUGCCAUUAUCAUGGAUGGAAAUUCACGGUGGGCAGAGCGCAGGGGAAUGCCUGCAAGCAUGGGGCACGAAGCCGGAGUGCGAUCUCUCAAGGAAGUCGUUAAACUAGCUCACACCUGGGGCGUCGAAGUCCUUACUGUCUUCGCUUUCUCUACAGAGAAUUGGUUGAGGCCGAAGAUGGAGGUUGAUUUUUUAAUGAUGUUGUUCGAGAAUGUUCUAAAGAAUGAGCUGAGCAGCCUAGCCAAAGAGAAUGUUCGCGUGCACUGUAUGGGCGAUUUAACAUUGCUCCCAGUCACGUUGCGGGACAUGGUGACAACAAUAGAGGAUCACACAAAACACAACACGGGUCUCAAGUUUUGCAUAGCCCUAAGCUACAGCGGCCGAUAUGACAUAGCCAAUGCUUGCCAGAGACUGGCGGCCAGAGUGGAGACCGGAGAGCUCAGCUCUUCGGACAUUACUGAAGCUUCAAUCGAAGAAGAGUUGAAGACAAGCUGGUUAGGUGAUGUUCGGAAUCCAGACUUGUUAAUACGAACGAGUGGAGAGCAGCGGCUUAGUAAUUUCCUUCUUUGGCAAACAGCAUAUACAGAGUUUUAUUUUGUAGACAUUCUUUGGCCAGAUUUCGGAGUUGUUCAAUUUAGAGAAGCCCUACUGGCUUACCAGAACCGGAAUAGACGAUUUGGCAAGCGCAAGUAGAGCAACCUUCCACAUGUUCAAAAAAAAAAAAAAAAAAAAAAAAAAAACUUACUCAUUGAACCAUCAUUUCCCUAACUUCCUCGUAGUCUGGUAUGGUACGAAGUGAUGAUUUUCACUAAUUAUAGUAAUCUUCAUUUCUCAACUUCUGACGAACUGCUGGAUUCUGACGUCUCUGCUAGGCCUGGGUUUGUUACCAACCUGUGCAGGUUCUGGUAUGUGAGCGAAAACAUAAGCAACCCAGUACAAAAUGUGUUAAUGUUCAAA